AUAUAGAACCAUUAAAAAAACGGUAAGUAAAUGUUAAAAACAAUUAAAGUCGAGUAUACUAUAAACAACAUCAUCAUCAUCUUCUUCUUCAUCUUCAUCCUUAUCACAGGAGUAAUUAUGUUAAAUAAUGAAUCAAUCUAUCAAACACGUUAUAAUACAUUUAUUAAACAAUUAACAAAUUAUAUUAAUUUAACUAAAUGGCCAUUAUUAUGUAAUUGUAUAAAUGAAUUUCUUGGUACAACAAUAUUUAUUAUAUUUGGUUUAGGUGUUAUGAUUCAAACAAAUAUUGAUUCAAUAAAUAAUAAAAAUACUGGACAAUAUUUAUCUAUAUCAACUGGUUGGGGUAUAGCUAAAAUUACUGGUUUAUUAAUAUCAACUAAUGGUGGUGGUAGUAGUAGUAGUAGUAGUAGUAGUAGUAGUAGUAGUAGUAGUGGUAACGGUGGUGGUGGUGGUAACGGUGGUAACGGUGAUGUUGGUGGUAACAAUAACAAUCAUAAUGAUCAAUCAGGUUUAUUAAAUCCAUCUAUUACAUUUGCAUAUUGUUUAAUUGGAAAAUUAUCAUUUCGUUAUCUUAUCCCAUAUAGUAUAGUACAAUUAUUAGGAUCAAUCAUUGGUACAUUUAUUAUUAUUUGUAUUUAUUGGGAAAAUAUACAAUUAUAUGCUAAAUUAUUUUCUAAUGGUAAAUUAGAAAUGAAUUAUACUGGUUCAUUAUUAGUGAAUAUACCAAAUGUAUCCCAUCAAUUAUGUUUAUUAGAUUAUAUUAUAUCAAAUACAAUUUAUUCAUGGAUUAUAUUAAUUAUUAAUCAUAAUCAUAAUUAUAUAUCAUAUGAAUUCAAAUUAAUUUAUAUUGGAUUAUUAUUAACUGGUAUCAUUGGUUCAUUAUCAUUAAAUAUUGGUAUUGGAUUAAAUCCAGCUAGUGAUUUAGGUGCAAGAAUAGCAAUAUCAUUAUGUGGUUGGGGUAUUGAAGCAUUCAAAGCAAAUAAUUAUUAUUUUUGGUUACCAUUAAUUGGACCAUAUAUAGGAGCAAUUAUUGGUUCAUUAUUUUAUGGAUUUAUUAUUAGUUUACAUAUAAUACCAUUAUCUGAUCUUGAUCAAUAUAAAAUACAAAAUAAUGAAUGUAUUAUGAUUAAUUCAACUAGUAACUAUUUACAAAGUAGUUUUAUGGAAGAAAUGAAUGAAGAUUUAUUUAAUAUAACAGAAAUUGAUGAUUGUUUUAUAGAUAGUGAAGAGACAUUAGAUUAAAUAUCAAUUCAUGAAUAUCUUUGUAUUACAUAAUCAUCAUCAUCAUCAUCAUCCAAAUCAUCAUCAUCCAAAUCGUCAUCAUCAUCAUCAUCAUCAUAAUCACCAUGGUGAUCUAGACAUAAUGUGAUGGAAUAAUUUUGUAGGAUUUUCAAAUAAUAACAGUUGCUUAGUUGGAAACUUUUCUCUUUCUUAUAUUAAAGUUAUUUCAGUCUGUAGAGCAUCAUACAUAUACUUAAUGUACUGUUUAACUGAGAAACAUACACACACACACACACACAAAACUGCAUUUUCUUUUAACCUUAACCUAUAUAAUUCUAGUUCGUGUAAUCUUAUGCGUUUUCAUUCUGGAAUAAUGAGAUAUUUUGAGAGAGAAAAAAAAAGUGUAUCGAUGAGACUAUAGUUUCUGAACAAACCAAUCAGAUUUAGGUAAACAGAUCUUAGAUUUUGGCGCGAAAUUCAUUCAUCCACUUGUUUAAAUAUCAUUUUGACAUUCUAUUUAAUGUCAGUUCAUGAUGAAGAUCCUAAAUUUAAUUCCUAACCUUAAUCAUCAGUUGUAAAUCAUUAUUAUAAUUGCUUAUAUUGGUUUAUAACUUUCAUGUAAUUCUAGGUGGAUAUCUCAAAGAUCAUUUUAGAGUUACUUAAACGUCAUCGAUAAAUUUUAGUCUCAUUAAUGUUUCUUAUAUCAGCCUUAACAUUAUGAUAUUUUUUUAUAUCAUAGAUGCAUUUUUAUUGAGAAGUUGAAAGUUAUUGUCCCAUCUUUUCUUUUUGUACUUUGAUCAAAUACAAUUCCAUACACUUUGAAAUGUAAUUACAAAUUGUUGAAUUUGUUUAGUUUAUCAAAUAUCUUUUUAACAACUGUUAACACGACUACUAUUACUACUGCUACUACUACUACCACCACCACUAUUACUGUCACUACUACU